UGCCCUGCUGUCCACCUGCCCUCACUGCUAGCGCUAGCUCAAACUCAGGCGUAAUACCCGCGCCUAUAAUGACUGCGAACAUAUUUCUACCUCAGUGACGUUUAGUUCGUAACGUAACUACCAAAAACGAUGGGGUUACCGCAGAGCUCGCUUUUGUCGGACGGUGGAAGUAACUGUGGAUAUCAUGUCCACGGGGUUCAGGAAAACUCACCUGCAGUGAAAGCUGGUCUGGAGCCUUUUUUUGACUUCAUUCUGUCAAUAGGGAACAGCAGACUUAAUAAAGAAAGCGAUUUGCUGCGAGACCUGCUGAAAGCCAACGUGGAGAAGGCGGUCAGACUGGAAGUGUACAACUCAAAAACCCAACGUGUGAGGGAGCUGGAGGUGACACCCAGUAACAUGUGGGGGGGUCAGGGUUUGCUGGGUGCCAGCGUCCGAUUCUGCAGCUUUGACGGGGCCAAUGAGAACGUCUGGCACGUCUUAGAUGUGGCAUCGAACUCCCCUGCAGCACUUGCUGGCCUCGUUGCUUAUGAUGACUUCAUUGUUGGAGCUAAUCAGGUGUUACUAGAUUCAGAAGAUUUCUUCUCUUUGAUUGAAGCCAAUGAGGGGAAAGCUUUGAAGCUGUUGGUUUACAACACACAGAGCGAUCAGUGCAGGGAGGUGGUGGUGACUCCAAAUGGAGCAUGGGGAGGCGAAGGAAGCUUAGGUUGUGGAAUCGGCUAUGGCUAUUUGCACAGAAUUCCAGCUCAUCCUGUUCAACCUAAUAUCCAAAACAAAAGUGUUCUUCAACUGGCGGUUACAGGCGGUGGCGAAGAGGUUGCUUCAUUAGACCAAGCAGAAGCACACCAAGUGACUUCCRUGGCUGAAAGCAGCCCGUCGGAUGAAGCCGGUUGGAGUCAAAUCGAAGGAGCUGCGCCAAAUUUGGGCACAUUAUCACCCACCCAGCAGAAAGCACACCUUGAGGUUUCCGACACACCUGAAGCCAUAACUUCAGAUGGGACAGAAGUCGUUUCCACCUGUGAUGAAGGUCACAGCUCURUCGUUGCUAAUUAUGGAGACGAUACUGGUGAUCAGUGUAGCCUGGAUAACUCAUCUUUUGACCAAAGACCUUCAUCUCCAGAGGGAGACGACGACUCGGGCACUCAGCACACAGAACAGGAUUCUGGUAUAAACCUGACCAGCAGCACUUCUCCCUCCACCARAACGUCAGAUAACGCCGCUGAGCUCAAAGUUCCCACAGAAAGUACGAAAAUCAUCCCAGAGCUGCAGGAUCCUAACAACGCUGCCCCCUCCACCUCAGGCCAUACUUUAGGGGAGGUGGAGCUGCAGGCGGAUGCUGCAGACCCCUAAGAGAAGCYGUUACGUCGUCUCAUGUAAAGGACGGUUAAGAGAAGACUAAAAACCUCUUUUUGUAUCUUUGGGUUGUAUCACUGGAAUAACUCUUAUUUUGGAAGAAUUUUCUUUGAAACAGAGACACUGCUGCAUGCUACAUUGCACAUUUAAGAAUGUUCUGUUGACUUCAACGUAAAGAAAUGCGAAUGUAUUCUAGAGUUCAGACAUAUGAAACAAGAUAAWGCCUUAGUUGAUUUGAUUUGCUGCAAAAAACAAGUUUGCACAAAAAGGCCAAACAAGAAAAAUAUGCAGUUUUGUUGUUUAUAAAGGCCUGAAGUUUGAACUGGAUUCUGAUGCUUUUGGAUUGUGGGUUAAUACUUUUAACAUUAUAUACUUUUUGUUUCAUGGGCACACUUGAAGAUUAUUAUAUAUUAUUAUUUUUUUUGGAACUUGAGCAUUUACCAUCYAAACCUCUUUGCCUUUAACUGCUGUUUUAUUUAAUGUUAUUAAUGUUUGACGUUUGGGUGUAAAUGAGCCAUGUGUGAUGGAGUUCUCUGGACUGUUGUCAGUGUUUUGUCCUUGAAGGUUUUUAUUCCGAGUUUUGUUUUCUGCAAGACAGAAAAAUCUACAUAAAAAGAAGCUACUUUUAUUGGAGCGAGUUCAUGGUUUCUGACAGCAGGUGUCAGCAAAUCUUUCUAAUUUCAGAUUUGUAUUUCUCUGCAGCUGCAAAGAUGAGGACAUUUUCAGAACUGAAUGAAGCUAUAGGGUUUCAUCUGCUGGAAAUAAGAUCAUGUUAACUACAUCUGAGUGCAAAUAAAGGGAUUUAAUUGCUGA